GGCGCGGGGCGCGGGGCGGCGCGCGAGCGCACUGCCGUGUCCAGCAUGGCUACGGUGCUGUCCCGGGCGCUGAAGCUGCCGGGAAAGAAGAGCCCAGACCUUGGGGAAUAUGAUCCCCUCACUCAGGCUGACAGUGAUGAAAGUGAAGAUGACCUUGUACUCAACAUCCAGAAGAAUGGGGGGGUCAAGAAUGGAAAGAGCCCCCCUGAAGAGAUACAGGACCCUGAUUCUGAUGUGGAGGUUGGGAUGACAAAGCAGCACACGUCAGAGAGCGCGCCCGAGGGUUAUCCUGCCGAGACGGCUGGGGGUUUGGAGCAGAAGGCUGCUCCCUCCCUCAUGCCAUACCUGCGCACUGCGAUCUUUUUGCUCACUGUGGUGAUCUCAAUGAUUCUUGUGCUGGUGUGCGCAUUUCUAAUUCCCUGUCCCCCUAGAGACUUGCAUAACACCUGGAACCGCAACCUAGGUCAGGGAGCAGGUGGUGUGUUAUCCCCACUGGAGCUGUGUGAUGUGAACGGUGAUGGCCUCCCUGACAUCCUCAUUGUCUUCACUGCCUUGAUGAAUGCCAGUGUCAUGGGUGUCUCUAGACCCUCUGUAACUGUGGUGGCACUUUCUGGUAUGAAUGGCAGCACCUUGUGGUCCAUCCAGCUUCCAGAGGAGACGCAAAGUGUGCAAUGCAAUGGGCUGUCACUGGGGGCAGCUGCAGGGCCUGUCUGCCUUGUUACAGGAACGUCAAAAUUCCUCAGCCUUCUCAGUGCCUCCACAGGCAAGACCAUCUGGACACUAAACUCGAUUCAUCUUUCAAGUGGGAUCCUGGCUGCACCAGCUGCAACUCUUCCAGAUGUAGAUGGAGAUGGGAUUAGGGAUAUUGUUGUUCUGGUUCUCAAAGAGGAACAGCCUGAUGUGGUUUUCAUCUUGGUAUCAGGAAAGACUGGAACUGCUUUGGGUGGGCCUGUCAGGUACAGCACCAAUGGAGAAGGGAAAGUAAUUGGCCCCCAAGUCCACAUCACCAGCCGGGGAGCCAUCUACAUCCUGUUUGGUUUUGGUAAUGUUCAGGCUGUUGCCCUGAGGGAUAUCUUUACCCAAGCCAGAAACCGGGACAACUUUCCUGCAAUGCUGCAGCAGGAGGAGCCAGAGUGGGAAAAGCGCAGAUCUGUCAACCUGUCAGAGCUCAUUGACAUUUACAGUGGGGGUGUUGACUUUCUGCAGACAGUGAAGACACCUGACACAAACUGCAGCAACCUGCUCAUCACAACCAAAGAGAGCUUGAUUCUGCUGAGAGGACAGGACCUGGAGCGCCACUGGACCCUGGAGCUGCAGAAUAUCAGCAGCCAGCCUGUACCAGGUUACUUUGGUGCUGACCAGACUCUGGACUUCAUGCUGCAAGCACAGACGGGAGAUGGGAACAAAAAGGUGGUAGUGAUAGAUGGCAAAUCUGGCCUCCCUGUUUGGAACCAGGAGCUUCCAUGGCAGAGGCAACAACUCGAUGCACUCUCAGUCAUGACUUUGGACAAGAAGUCUGUUUUUCUCUUCUGGGCUGAUGAAACGCAGCCUGUGUUACAGAGUUGGCAACCUGGUCCCAGACCUGAGCGCCCAGGGCUGCACCACCUCUAUCUCCUCCAUCCUGUUUUUCCUACAGUCCUUUUGGACCUCACCAAUGCAACAGACAAAGUCAUUGCUUCAGCAGUUGGAAUUAAUGAUCUCCAAAAGGAUGCAUUUCACAUCACUGUGACAACAACUGCAACCUCUGAAAAGCAGCCAGGAUUUCUCUCGGUCAGCAAGCUGGGCCUGAAGUGGGCCAUGAUGAGUCAAGGCCGAAUGGUGUGGUUAAAGGACAGCAGGACUCCAAAAAUCAGCCGUGGAGAAGUGAGGCGAUUUCUUGCCCGGAUGAAAUUUGCUGACUUUCCUCAGAAGCUCUAGCCUGGUGGUUCCUCAGAUGUUGGUUGGACCUUUGGCCUGUAUUGGGAAUAUAGGAAGCUGCUCUGUGUAUCUUCAGGAAAACUGCUGUGUAGAGGGAAUGGGGUCUAAAAGCACUUCCCCUUUCUUCAGCUGUCUGGGGAAUGCUGCUGGAGGCAGGUUUGUCAUAGACAGACCUGUACCAGAGAAACCUUGUUCAGCAACUCCCUCUCCGUAUGCUGUUCUUGCAUGCUUCCUUCCAGGUAACACAGAAAUGUGAAUUUAGAGGUUAUAAACAUAUAUAUAUUAAAUCAGGCUUUAUAUAUAUAUGUGUUAAUUUAUACAAUGUAUGUAUAUUUUUUUGUAUGUUUAAUUUAUGAAUGAGAUUUAGGUCACUGCUUUUUAUGUCCAAACAGUGUUCCCAAGCAGUCUAACAAGCUCUAUGCCUAGAGUGGGCCAUGAUGAGUCAAGGCAAGUGGUGUGGCUAAAGGACACCCUUAAUCUUUUUACUUUUGGAGAGAAGCCUCUGGCUACUGCAGGUUUAGUCUUAUUUAUGACUUCUGCCGUGCUCUCAGGUCUCUUGUCCAUGCUGUUGCCAGAUUCACAAGCAAACUAGUUCUCUGGCUGAAUUACCUGAUCUAGAGAAAGAUGGUCUCCACAGCAUUUGCCAGCUCCUUGCACUUGUCUCUUUCUCUCCCAGUUCCAAGUUCAGGACACCAAGUUCAGGCAUAUGUGAGUGAUGUAGAAGUGAAAGCUUCACAGCUUAUUUCUCUCCAUCCUUAAGGUUUGUAUGAACCCACAUUAUCACUGGAACAUCACACUGGGGAGAGUCUCCCUUUGCCAAUGUAUCAUGGCCCCCUUGGGAUAAGAGGUCCACCAGAUCCCGACUGUCACUGUAAAGGUCAAUCAGUCUUGUCACAGAAAAGCUGAUUCUUACUUCUGUCCCUUAGGAUAGGAGAUCCAGCAGAUCCUGACUGUCACUGUAAAGAUUACUCAGUCUUGUUAGAGAAAAGCUGAUUCUUACACUGCUGCUCCAGGGUUUAAAGGUUCAGACAGAGACAGAACUAGAAAGCUUUUCUGUGCAUUUUAACCCUAUUCUGAGCUCAGUAUUGCCAUUCCCUUGCCAGCCCAGCCCUGUGUGUAGCUCCAGGAGGAGCAAACUACCCCUGGUACACAUUUGUUCACAGUGUUAGGUGUGUCCCACUCUGUGUCCCAGAGUGUGCCAUCACUCUCUGUUGCAUUUGAGGAGCAUCUGUAUGAAUUUUCUUGUGGUAGAAAAGACCAUAUAAAAGUGAAACAAUUUGAUGCCCCAGUAGUUCCCCACAGUUUAGGGCAACAAUAUAGGAACUCCUUUCUUAGUAUGCCAUUCUAAGCCUGGCCUUUGACAUUAAGCAGAGCCAGGCUGAGAUGAGGAUUGCAAAGAACUUUUCUGUCUAGCAUGUGCCCUUCCAGCCUCCCCACAUUUCCCCAUGAGUUAUGAGGUGACAGCAGACUUUGACCCUCCUUCCAGAUGGGCACAUUAGCCAGGGCCCCCUCUCCUGGGCCCCUGACACCUCUCUUUGCCGUAUCACCCUUUCCAUCAUCCCACAUUUCUAUAUAAAGCUUCCAGGAUAGCCCUUCAGGUUUAGCUGCAAGCCCCAAGGCUGGUCUUUGGGCCCUGAUCUCCUAAUGUCAGAGCUGUGAACAGUUUGUAUAUGUUUAAUGGUAUUUUUGUGUAAAUAGCUUUGUAUAUAUUAGCACAACUGUAGCAAUGGCUCUAGGCCUGGCAUUUUCCUCCAGACCGGAUUUAGUGUUUGUAAUAGAGCUAGUGUCAGUUAAUAGAGCUGCAUAAUAGGACUGAAAGUGUGAGGACCAGUAACAUAUGAGGGAUUAAACAGGAGUGCUUCUUCCCUCCUGUGCAGCCACCACCUUGCUGGGAAAGGUGAAUCAGCUGUUACCUAAGUAGUUACUUCUGAGAUUCUUCCUGAGAGAACUGAUAUUCAAGAGCAGUGAUGUUAGCUCCUCCUUAAUGUGAAUUCACCCUGCCCACACACCCCCCCUCCCCCUCUGUGAAUAAUGAGUCUGUCUGUAUAUUGUUGGAGAAAUGUAUUUGAACUGCAGUGAAACAAAAUAAAUACUGUGUACAGCGUCAUGUGUCACGUGAA